AAUCAAGCAGGAGAGACCAGCCUCCCCUGUUCCCAGCUGUGUGUCCAUGAAGAGUGACCAGUCUAUGGAUCCUCCUCUAAAGUUUAGAGAGGGAGACUUUUCUACUGAACAAAGAAACCAACAGGAGAGAUCAGAGUCAGAGAUUCUCAGUGGUCAGUCUUCCCAGAGUCAUCAAACAGACCUGGACUCCAUAUUCAGUUUGCUUGAAGAGAAUAUUAUUACAUUUGUGAAGAAGGAGUUGAAGAUGUUCAAGAGGAUUCUUAGUCCAGAACUCCCAGAAGGCUUUGAGAGUCAGAAGCAGGAUAAGGAAGUGGUGGAUGCUGAAGAUGAGAAGCAGGAGAGCAGUGCCAGAGAGGGGGCUCUGAAGAUCACACUGCACGUCCUGAGGAAAAUGAACCAGAAGGAGCUUGCUGACACACUGGAGAAAUAUUCAGAUGAUCUUGCUGUGAUUUGCCAACGUGAACUCAAAUCUAAUCUAAAGAAGAAGUUUCAAUGUGUAUUUGAGGGGAUCGCUAAACAAGGAAACCCAACACUUCUCAAUAAGAUCUACACAGAGCUCUACAUCACAGAGGGUGGAACAGGAGAGGUCAAUAAUGAACAUGAGCUGAGACAGAUUGAGACAACAACCAGGAAACAAGCAAGACCAGAGACUGCAGUCAAAUGUAACGACAUCUUCAAACCCUUAACUGGACAAGACAAACGUAUCAGAACUGUGCUGACAAAGGGAGUCGCUGGCAUUGGAAAAACAGUCUCUGUGCAGAAGUUCAUUCUGGACUGGGCUGAAGGAAAAGCAAAUCAGGAUGUCCAAUUUGUAUUUUCAUUCCCUUUCCGGGAGCUGAAUUUGAUGAAAGAGGACAAACACACUUUCAUUGAACUUCUUAAUCACUUCUCAAUGGAAACCAAACAAUCAAGAAUCUCCAACUACGACAAGUACAAAGUUCUGUUCAUCUUUGAUGGUCUGGAUGAGUGCCGACUGCCCCUAGACUUCAAGAAGAACAAGAUCUGUUGGGACGUCACAGAGUCAACCUCAGUGGAUGUUCUGCUGACAAAUCUCAUCAAGGGAAAUCUGCUUCCCUCUGCUCUCCUCUGGAUAACUACCCGACCUGCAGCAGCCAAUAAGAUCCCUUCAGGGUGUGUUGACCAGGUGACAGAGGUACGAGGGUUCAGUGACCCACAGAAGGAGGAGUAUUUCAGGAAGAGAUUCAGUGAUGAGGACCUGGCCAGCAGAAUCAUCUCACACAUAAAGACAUCAAGGAGCCUCCACAUCAUGUGCCACAUUCCAGUCUUCUGUUGGAUUUCUGCAACAGUCCUUGAACACAUGCUGGAACAUAAGAGAGAAGAGAUGCCCAAGACUCUGACUGAGAUGUACACACACCUUGUGGUGUUUCAUACCAAACAGAAGAAUGAAAAGUAUCUUGGGAAUGAAGAGACAGGUCCACACUGGAAUAAAGAGAGCAUUCUGUCACUGGGAAAACUGGCUUUUCAACAGCUUGUGAAUGGCAAUCUGAUUUUCUAUGAAGGAGACCUGGAAGAGGCUGGCAUUGAUGUCAAUGAAGCCUCAGUGUACUCAGGAUUGUGCACACAGAUCUUUAAAGAGGAAUGUGUGCUGUACCAGGACAAGGUGUACUGCUUUGUUCAUCUGAGCAUUCAGGAGUUUCUGGCUGCUGUAUAUGUGUUCCUCUCAUUCAUCAGCAACAAUGAGAAUCUAAUGGACAAACUGCAAACAAAGUCCAGCAUCUUUUCUUUGCUGUUCAGAGACAAUGCUGAAGUUACUUUCUACAAGAGUGCUGUGGAUAAAGCCUUACAAAGUGAGACGGGAAACCUGGACCUGUUUCUCCGCUUCCUUCUGGGCCUCUCACUGGAGUCCAAUCAGAAACACUUACAAGGUCUACUGACAAAGACAAGAAGCAGCUCACAGACCCAUGAAGAAACAGUGAAGUACAUCAAGGAGAAGAUCAGGGAGAAUCUCGCUCCAGAGAGGAGCAUCAAUCUGUUCCACUGUCUGAAUGAACUGAAUGACCAUUCUCUAGUGGAGGAGAUCCAAAGAUACCUGAGAUCAGGAAGCCUCUCAAAACCCAACCUGUCACCUGCACAGUGGUCAGCUCUGGUCUUUGUGUUGCUGACUUCAGAAAAGGAGCUGGAUGUGUUUGACCUGAAGAAAUACUCCAGAUCAGAGGAAGGUCUUCUGAGGCUGCUGCCAGUGGUCAAAGCCUCCAGAGCUGUUCUGCUGUCAGGAUGUGGAGUCACAGAGGAAGGCUGUGCUUCUCUGGUCUCAGCUCUGGAGUCAAACCCCUCACACCUGAGAGAGCUGGAUCUGAGUAACAAUAACCUGAAGGAUUCAGGAGUGAAGCUGCUCUCUGCUGGACUGGGGAAUCCCCACUGUAAACUGAAGACUCUGAGGCUGUCAGGCUGUCUAGUCACAGAGGAAGGCUGUGCUUCUCUGGUCUCAGCUCUGAGGUCAAACCCCUCACACCUGAGAGAGCUGGAUCUGAGUAACAAUGACCUGAAGGAUUCAGGAGUGAAGCUGGUCUCUGCUGGACUGGGGAAUCCCCACUGUAAACUGGAGACUCUGAGACUCACUGGCUGUAAACUCACAGACACAUCCUGUAAAGUGUUGGCCUCAGUUCUCAGUUCAAACCCCUCACACCUGAGAGAGCUGGAUCUGAGUAACAAUGACCUGAAGGAUUCAGGAGUGAAGCUGCUCUCUGCUGGACUGGGGAAUCCCCACUGUAAACUGGAGACUCUGAGGCUGUCAGGCUGUCUAGUCACAGAGGAAGGCUGUGCUUCUCUGGUCUCAGCUCUGAGGUCAAACCCCUCACACCUGAGAGAGCUGGACCUGAGCUACAAUCACCCAGGAGACUCAGGAGUCAGACUGCUCUCUGCUGGACUGGAGGAUCCACACUGCAGACUGGAGAAACUCAAUGUGGAACAUGGUGGAGAGAACACAAUGAAACCUGGGCUUAGAAAAUAUGUCUGUGAUCUCACACUGGACCUCAACACAGUAGACAGACUCCUCUCUCUGUCUGAGGAGAACAGAAAGGUGACAUGUAGGAGAAAGAAGCAGCCGUAUCCUGAUCACCCAGAGAGAUUUGAGGACUGUAGACAGGUGCUGUGUAGAGAGGGUCUGACUGGGCGCUGUUACUGGGAGGUAGAGUGGAGUGGGAUGCCUAAUAUAGGAGUGACAUAUAAAGGAAUCAACAGGAAAGGAGAGGGUGAUGACUAUUAUCUUGGAUACAAUGACAAGUCCUGGUGUCUGUUCUGCGAUGCCAACAGUUACACUGCCAGUCACAAUAAUAAUCACAUUAACAUAGACGUCCGCCACUCCGGCUCCGAUAGAGUAGGAGUGUAUCUGGACUGGCCAGCCGGCACUCUGUCCUUCUAUAGAGCCUCCUCUGACACACUGACCCACCUGUACACAUUCACCUCCACAUUCACUGAGCCCCUCUAUCCAGGGUUUAGGGUUUAUCAUGAAGAGUCCUCAGUGUCCCUGGAAAUAAUAACCUGACACACACACACACACACACACACACACACACACACACACACACACACACACACACACACACACACACACACACACACACACACAGGACUCACACACAUUGACACACACACACACACUAGAAACACAACACAUACACACAGACAAACACACACACAUUGGACUCACACACAUUGACAGACACACACACACACACACUGGACUCACAUACAUUGACACACACACACACUGACACACACACACACACUGGACACACACACACACACACACACACACACACACACACACACACACACACACACUGGACACAAUCACACUAGACAAAGACACACACUCUGGACACUUACACACACAGAUUAAACUAACAAUCCCAACUAAAUAACUACAUAGAGAAGGAUGUGAGAGAAGAAUGUGCAAUGCUGACAUCAAGGCAGACUCAAUCUGUAUGGAAUCUAACCCCAACAAUCUGUAUGGAAUCUAACCCCAACAAUCUGUAUGGAAUCUAACCCCAACAAUCUGUAUGGAAUCUAACCCCAACAAUCUGUAUGGAAUCUAAGCCCAACAAUCUGUAUGGAAUCUAACCCCAACAAUCUGUAUGGAAUCUAACCCCAACAAUCUGUAUGCAAUGUGAACCUUCUCAUAAAAGCAAUACUUAUUAAAUCAAGUUCCCUCCCUCAAGAAAAACAA